CGCCUCACAAAUUUGUCUUCUUUUUUGUGCAGAGAGAGAGAGAGAGAGAGAUUUAUAAAACCCUAAAAAUCAUGGCGAUUCGAUUUUCCCUCCCAAUUCAACUCAUCUCCUAGUCUCUUCCCUCCUUCCUCCGAUCUUUCUCUAAUCAAAGUUUGAUAGUGUUGCACCGGAAUUUCGACUUUUCAUCUCCCAAUUUCACGAAACCCUAAUUUUUGUUAGAAAUCGAACCCUUGAAGACGAUGUUGGUGGCUAAUUCCGACGUUUCCUCUUCGAUUCUCUCUCGUACUCCGCUAAUCCCCAACUCGAUCGAAACCCUAGACGAGAUUGAGGACUCGCCUUCGCCUUCGCCUUCCCCUAAUUCGCAAAUCCCGUCGAUUGAUGCUGAUGUUGUUAAUGUUCAGUCAUUGGCUCUUACGUCUCCCGAUCGAGAUCGUGAUUCGCCUCCGAACUUCGAUGAGUAUACCUCUUCGUCUUCUUCCGACGAAACACAAUUCGUUCCUUCUCCGAUCAAUUUCGAUUACGAUGAGUUCGGCAACGGGACUCAAGGCAUGCUAGAGUCUCAGGUUCGAAUUGGGACUACUAAUUCGCAAACUCUUGACGAUUUGGACGAUGUUAUCUGGGACGGGUCCUCGUCUGAUGAUCCCCGUGAGAAUAGCCAACCUUGGACGCCUAAUGUCUCGCCUGGAUUUGGAAGUGAUGAUGAUGACAACUCCAACUCUAAGAAGGAAUGUAACGAGCCUUUGUUGUCUGGGUUCAUGCAAAGACCUCUGAAGAUCGAUGAGCCCGUUACUGGCGUUGGUGCUGGGCUUUGGAAUCUAGGCAACACUUGUUUCCUUAAUUCGGUUUUGCAGUGUUUCACUCACACUGUGCCACUUAUCGAAGGCCUUCGUUCAUACAAAUAUCAAGAUCCCUGUAACUGUGGUAAUGAGUUCUUCUGUGUUAUAAGGGUUCUUCGAGCUCACAUUGAUUUUGCACUGAGGCCUGAAAGAAUCCCAAUGGCUCCGGAUUAUUUUCUUCACCAUCUUAAUUAUUUUUCUCCUGACUUCCAGCGUUAUCAACAAGAAGAUGCUCAUGAGUUUCUGCAAGCAUUUUUGGAUAAGUUGGAGAGAUGUUGUUUGGAUCGAACAAGUUACCGCAGCUAUGUGUCUUCUCAAGAAACCAACUUUGUUGACCAGGUCUUUGGCGGCCGUCUCAUCAGUGGGCUCCGUUGCUGCAACUGCAACUCCAUCUCUGAUACAUUUGAAAAGUCUGUUGGGUUGAGUUUGGAAAUUGAAGAUAUCGAUACCCUUGAGAGUGCACUAGAAUCAUUUACCCGUGUGGAAAAGCUUGACGAGCAAUUGACAUGUGAUAACUGUAAUGAAAAAGUCUCAAAGGAGAAGCAACUCUUGCUUGAUAAGCUUCCUCUAGUUGUCACAUUUCAUCUCAAGAGAUUCAAGAAUAAUGGAUUUUUUAUGGAGAAGAUCUUCAAGCAUGUCAAGAUCCCAUUGGAGUUAGACUUACAGCCAUAUAUGAGGGAUAAAGAGGAAAACGAUGUUCCUACAAAAUACCAUCUUUAUGCUCUUGUGGAGCAUCUCGGGUAUUCAGUAACCUAUGGACAUUACUCGUCCUAUGUGAGGUCUGCUCCCAAGAUAUGGCAUCAAUUUGAUGACGCGAAGGUUACCAGAAUCGAUGAAGAUAGUGUGCUGUCACAGGAUUCAUACAUUCUUUUUUAUGCACGGGAAGGAACUCCAUGGUUUUCUAGCAUCGCUGAACAGAUGCAGCCAUUGCUUCCAUUGCUUGAAGCGAGUUUAGCGAAUUCUUCGCCAAAGUCUGUGCUUGAUUCUUCUAACGGGGAGUGUUUAUCAGAGAUCAGUUAUGAGAAUGUCGAUAAAUCCAGCAAACCCUGCGACUCAGCGGGAGUGUCUAACCAACAUGUCAAGACAGAAGAAGAUUUUGUAUCCCUCUCUAACGAGCUAAACGAAGACGUGUUUCUAUCAGCAGAGUCUUCUAGUGACGAGGAUUCUUCUAUGCCAGAGCUUAUGGACCCGCUUGAGACUGAUGAUCCUUACGUUCCAUGGAGUGAAAAAGAACCCAAUACUUGUUUAGCCAUUGAAAGAGCUACCACUGGUGAUGAUUUUUUCCCUCUGCUGAUGGUUGAAGAUCAGGACUCAUCCCAAAAACAGCAAGAUUCUGCAGAAGGAACUUUUCGAAUGCAGCUCAAGCAAAUGGAAGAAACCGCAGAGAACCAAAAAAAGCCUUGGAAGCAGCCAUUAUUAAUAAGUGACGUUGCAGUUUCCAAGGAAGAAGACUUUGUUAGUGGAGACCUCAUGAAGAAACCUUCACCUCGUGCUAGAGAUUUGUUGGAUCAAGCGAUUUCUACAACAACUGGUUCUCCACCCAAAAAACUAAAAACAACAUGAGAGAGAGAGAUAUCUUGUUGACUUUCUUGAUCGCUUAUUUAGCUACUAGGUGUUCUAAAGAUGGGGUAAUGACUUUUGAUUAGAGACUUAAAUCAGGCUUAAUUCGUUUUCGGUUUUGUGCAUACUGCAUAGUAGUAGUUAUGCUACUCUGGUGUUGACUUGGUUUUUAAUGAUAAGAAGCAAGGAUUCAGAAUCUAAAUAAAGUUUUAGAUUUUGUUAA